AUGUUUGUUCGCAAUGUUGCGGUUUGGGCUGUGGCUCUGAGUGUUACCGUUUCGACGGUUUCCAGCGAGAGCGCUGUUAGUGAAAAGGUCGCGAGAGCUGAAGGAGAGGAUAGCAUAGCAAAACGUCUUUUGUUUUCUACAAAACCCAAUGAUUCUAAUGGCCCUUCUCUAGCCGAUCUCUUUGAUUUAGAUGGGGAUGAGGAUGAUGACUCAAUCUCUGAUUUCAUUUCGCAAUUGCUCGGGGCUCAUGGUGGAAGCCCUGGCUCGGGAAGUGGUUCUGGAAACAACAACCCAGGGAACAACAAUCCAGGAAGCAAUAAUGGCCCUGGAGGGAACAACAAUCCAGGGAACAACAACCCAGGAGGCAAUAACGGUCCCGGAGGCAAUAAUCCAGGAGGGAACAACCAAGGAGGGAACAACCAAGGAGGGAACAACCAAGGAGGGAACAACCAAGGAGGGAACAACCAAGGAGGGAACAACCAAGGAGGGAACAACAACUCCCCUGGAAACUCCGGAAGCGGAGGAUGGAAUGGAUUUCCCAACUUCCCUGGCUUCCCUGGCUUUGGAAAUGGCGGAGGCUCAAACAACAACCCAGGUAAUAACAAUCCAGGAAAUAAUGGAGGCUCAAAUGGCUUUCCUGGAUUUCCAAACUUCCCUGGCUUCCCUGGUCUUGGAAACGGUGGUAGUUCAAACAAUAAUCCAGGUAACAAUGGUGGUAAUGGAGGACCAAGCAAUGGAGAAUGGCCUCCCCAUACUCCACUUAUCCAAUUUCUACGAGGCGAAGGAGCCAAUUCGGCUUAUUUUUCCCAAUUUUUAAACAGGUUGGAUGCUGCUGCCUUUGCCGCCUUUCUCCGUAGAUCUGGAUUUGCUUCUCUUACCGAGUUCCAACAGGAGGCUGCUGCAGGUCUGGUCUCAAUUGGCGACUUCCUUACCUUUUUGGAUGCACUCUCACGCUAUAACUUCUUACAAUUAUUGGGAUUUCCGUUCAUCAUUGGCUUUCCAAACCCACCAGUAUCUCCAAGUGCAACUGUUUCGCUAGCUACAAGAACCCCAACUACGAGCGUUGGUAUUAUUGGAGGUGCUACGACUUCUUCAAGUACUACGAGGCCUACGUCAUUCAUUCUUCCUAGUCCUUCAACCUCCUCCACCAGAGCCAUUAUCGGAGGCCCAUCCACUUCUUCUAACCGCAAUCCUAUUGGCGGCCCUUCAACUUCUUCAACGAGAGCAAUUAUUGGAGGUCCCUCUACUUCCUCGACUCGUUCAAUCAUCGGAGGUCCCUCAACCUCAUCCUCUACAUCACGAAAUAUUAUUGGAGGCCCUUCGACUACGUCCACUCGACCCAUAGUUGGUGGUCCCUCGUCUUCUUCUACCACUCGUAACAUUGUGGCCAGCCCAUCCUCUUCAUCUACUCGUAAUAUCAUUGGGGGCCCUUCGUCAUCUUCCUCAACCAGAGCUAUUGCUGGUCCUUCGACUUCCUCUACUCGACCAAUUAUUGCUGGCCCUUCAACUUCAAGUACAAGAUCGUCUACUUCCACUAACUUGAUAGCAACUUUCAGGACAUCUAGCACUAGUUCUUCAACCAGAGUACUUGGAGCGAGCAGUUCAUCAUCGAGCUCUUCACGUGGUUCCACCCAAGGACUUGGAGCACCAUCUAGCUCUAGUUCCUCAACACGAUUGAAUGUGGUACCCACAACCUCCACAACUCGUUCAAGCACUAGCUCGUCAUCAACGCGGGUCAAUCUUGUGGUGACGAGCUCUAGUUCCUCAUCAACACGAGUCAAUACCUUGUCUACAAGUUCUUCGGUCCGUUCCAGUACUAGCUCUUCGCCAUCUUCAUCCCGCACUUCUACCUCGGCUGUUGGCCUCGGGGCUAGUUCCACUACAUCUCGGUCAGCAUCUUCUUCUCGAAGUACCACAGCCGUAGGCCUUGGAGCAAGCUCCACCUCAACUAGGACAUCAUCUUCCUCUUCUUCCUCUCGUAGCAGUACCUCGGCUGUAGGCUUGGGGGCUAGCUCGUCAUCUUCUAGGUCAUCGUCAUCUUCCUCUUCCUCUCGUAGCACUACUUCAGCUGUAGGUCUAGCGGCAAGUUCUACUUCAUCUCGGUCAUCUACCUCAAGUAGUAGAUCUUCAACCCUUUUGGCUGUCGUUAGCUCUAGUACUAGCCGGUCGUCUUCUUCCAGUUCACGCACCUCAUCUUCAACCCAAUUGGGUCUCGGUGCUAGCACCAGUACAUCAAGAUCUACCACUCUCUUCUCAUCCACUAGAACUUCAUCCACCAGCUCCACUAGCCCAACUUCGAGUGCCGCUUCUGGUUUAUUAGUAUCGCCUAAUGGAAGAUGUGGACCCCAAUCUAAUUCCUUAUACACGUGCCAAGGAAGUCCCAAUGGGAACUGUUGUUCGAGAUUUGGAUACUGCGGUCGUGAAGCUGAUUGGUGCACGGGUGGCUGCAACCCCGCAUUUGGAACCUGUGGACUGGGGCAGUACCAAGGAUUGACAAGUUCGAGUAGUUCAAGCGCUGUGGGCCUUGCUGGAACUUCUACUUCUACUUCUAGAUCAUCAUCUAGCUCUAGAUCUUCCUCGUCAUCCCCUGUCGGACAAGGAUUGAGCACUAGCUCUACGAGGGCAGCUACACUAAGUACCAGUUCAACUGCACGACUUGUUGGAACCUCUAGUUCAACUUCCAGAUCUUCUUCAUCAACAGCUGUGGCCCAGGCAUUAAGUACUAGUUCAACACGAGCAACUACUUCAAGCUCAAGUUCCACGGCACGACUUGUCGCUGGAACUUCCAGUUCUUCCAGAUCCUCGUCAACAUCGGCUAUGGGUCAAGGUCUAAGUACCAGUUCAACAAGAGCAACUACUUCAAGUACCACUUCAACAGCAAGGCUCGUGGGAACUUCCAGUUCGAGUUCCAGAUCUUCAACAUCAGUAGUCGGUCAAGGAUUGAGCACUAGUUCAACAAGAGGAUCCACCUCAUCAUCCAGCACAAGGCCAAUUGCCGCCACCGUUAGCACAAGUUCGACACCCUCAUCCACAGCUGUCGCUGCUUCCGCUAGCGCUUGUAGACCAGUCGCAGCUCCUGCCGUAACCCUCGCCUUGACUGCAACUGACUGCUGUCAAUACUACAUCACCAAAACCGGUGACACAUGUGCCAGCAUUGCCGCUCGUCCUGGCAUUCUCGGCUUAAAUCUUGUUGUUCUUGCUCUUCUCAAUCCAAGCUUGAGAUGUGUAGGACAAGGACCCCAAGUUGGUGUCGCUGUCUGUGUUCUGAAUAUCCAAUUAUCCAUCGUAGGCAACCUAGUAUCACCUGGUGAUUCCUCAACCGUAACUUCUUCGACCAUCGCAACUCCAAGCCCAUCUCAGGCAGUGCCUGAAAGCUUCUUUAUCCAGGCUCGAAAUUCUGGAACCUCAGCUGACGGCACGAGUCUUAUGAUUCAACAAACUGCGGAAUAUUUUGCUGGCUUCAAUUUGAAUUAUGGUCAAUCAGUUUUCCCAUUCACGUACGAUUCUGAUACCGGGUACUUGACAUCGGGUCUUUAUAUCCUAUGGGCUACAGCAUCGUAUUCGCCUCCAUCCAUCAAAGUAGCACCAGCUGGCUUCACAGGAUGGGUAGUUCCGGCUUGGCCAUUGAUUUGUAGUAUAGAUGGCAAUUUGAAGGUGUCAUGUACGGCCAAUGGAGAUGUUUAUGGGAAAUUAUAUCUCAUAAAUGCAAACAAUGACGGACAAACUGAACUCGCUAUUGGAAAUGGCGCAACAACAAGUUCAAUCAUCGUUGCGCCACUUGAUCUUUAUGUUGUCGCUAAUGAGGAGGAGGAAUAG